AUUUCAAACAACACACACAUUUCUCCAUCUCAGCCGGCGUCUGGAUCCUAGAGUCGGGCAGGGGACCGAUCCAGAUGCAUGAUGUCUUUCCACUCUGGGCGUGGGUGUCCCCGGGGCCGAGGAGGAGCUGCGGUCAGAGCUUCGACGCAAACCUUUCGCCCCCAGAACUUGAGACAGCUUCAUCCCCAGCAGCCGUCGGUACAAUACCAAUAUGACCAGCAAACGUCGACACCAUCUAACUAUGCGAGCCCUCCUGCUACUAGUUAUGUAACUCCUAGGCCGGAUUUUGUCCCGUAUCCGCCACCCAUUCCCCCAUCGCCACAGAGUACUGUUGCCCAGUGUCCUCUGAGGCCGCCUUUCGCAGGUCAUCAGGUGAGGCCAACUUUCCCACUCCCACCUUGCUUCCCCCCAGCUCCGCCCCCUGUCCCAAAUCCCGGGAACCCCCCUGUUACAGCAAACACGACCGGGCAAAACACGUUCCCUUAUAUGAUGCCGCCGCCAUCCAUGCCACAUCCCGUGCCGCCACCGAUAAUGCCUCAACAGGUUAAUUACCAGCCUGUGUACUCUCCGGCCUACUCCCAGCAGGCGUUCCCCCCUCCUAAUUUCAGUAGUUACCAGCACAAUGCCAACUCUUACCAGAGUGGCGCCGGUGCCAGCAGCAGUAACAACAACAACAGCAGUAGUUUCCGCCACCCGAGUCAGUAUCAGGUAGAAAAGCCCCAACCUGAACGGAGGUCUCCGGAGAGGACCAAGCACUAUGACCAGCAUCGGCACCGGGAGAACUCUCACGGGGAUCGGCACCAAUCUGCCAGUCACGCCGAUCGGCGAGAUCGAGGGAGGAGCCCAGACCGCCGGCGGCAAGAGAAUAGCCGGCACCGGUCGGAUUAUGUCAGAGGACGGACGCCGCCCCGUCACAGAAGUUACGAAUGGUACAGGGACCGACAGAGGGAAAGACACAGGCACCGUGAUAGCCGUCGAUCACCAUCUACAGAGAGGUCCUAUAGAAAAGAUCACAAGAGAACAGGAAGCCGAUCUCCCAGCCAAGACCGAAAGAGACCUCGCUGGGAAGAUGACAGGGAGAGGUGGUCAGAAAAUGCCAGUAGAGAAAAGAGUUACACCUCCAUCAAGGACAAGGAGCCAGAAGAGGCUGCCAUUGAGAAGAAUGAGGAAGACGAUGAGGACCUGUUGAAGCCUGUUUGGGUUCGUUGCACCCAUUCAGAAAGCUACUAUUCAAGCGAUCCGAUGGAUCAAGUAGGAGAUUCCACUGUGGUUGGAACAAGCCGACUCAGAGAUUUAUAUGAAAAAUUUGAAGAAGAAUUGGGAAAGCGUCAAGCUAAGGCCAAAGCUGCCAGGCCACCAUGGGAACCGCCCAAGACUAAACUGGACGAAGAUGUUGGGAGCUCCAGUGAAUCCGAGUGCGACUCGGAAGACGACAGCUGCUCCAGCAGUUCGGAUUCGGAGGUCUUUGACGUCAUUGCGGAAAUUAAGCGCAAGAAGGCACACCCGGAUCGUCUGCACGAGGAGCUGUGGUACAAUGACCCUGGGCAGAUGAAUGACGGUCCCCUAUGCAAGUGCAGUGCAAAAGCCAGACGAACAGGAAUAAGACAUGGGAUCUACCCCGGGGAAGAGCCUAUCAAACCUUGUCGGCCCAUGACCAACAAUGCCGGAAGAUUGUUCCACUACCGCAUUACAGUGUCACCUCCUACAAACUUCCUAACAGACAGACCAACUGUAAUAGAAUACGAUGACCACGAAUACAUCUUUGAAGGAUUUUCCAUGUUUGCACAUGCUCCACUCACCAAUAUUCCUCUGUGCAAAGUAAUCAGAUUUAACAUCGAUUAUACUAUUCAUUUCAUUGAGGAGAUGAUGCCCGAAAAUUUUUGUGUAAGAGGGCUGGAGUUGUUCUCUUCCUAUCUGUUCAAAGACAUUCUCGAACUCUACGACUGGAAUUUGAUAGGUCCUUCAACAGAAAACGAUACUUCCUGUCCUCGAUUUCAUUUCAUGCCACGUUUUGUAAGGUUUCUUCCAGAUGGUGGGAAGGAAGUGCUCUCUAUGCAUCAGAUCCUGCUGUACUUGUUGCGAUGCAAUAAGCCACUGGUGCCAGAAGAGGAGAUUGCCAACAUGUUGCAGUGGGAAGAGCUUGAGUGGCAGAAGUAUGCAGAGGAAUGCAAAGGGAUGAUAGUUACCAGCCCCGGCAUGAAACCCAGCUCGGUUCGUAUUGAUCAGUUGGAUCGUGAGCAGUUCAACCCUGAUGUGAUUACUUUCCCCAUCAUUGUCCACUUUGGGAUUCGACCUGCUCAACUCAGUUACGCUGGAGACCCGCAGUACCAAAAACUGUGGAAGAGUUAUGUGAAACUGCGGCACCUGCUGGCUAACAGUCCCAAAGUGAAACAGGCAGAUAAACAGAAACUGGUGCAGAGAGAAGAAGCCCUGCAGAAAAUCAGGCAGAAAAACACCAUGAGGCGGGAAGUGACUGUUGAACUGAGCAGCCAAGGUUUCUGGAAAACCGGCAUUCGUUCUGACGUCUGCCAGCAUGCCAUGAUGCUUCCUGUCCUAACUCACCACAUCCGCUACCAUCAGUGUCUGAUGCAUUUGGAUAAAUUGAUAGGCUAUACUUUUAAAGACCGCUGUUUGUUGCAGCUUGCCAUGACUCAUCCAAGCCAUCAUUUAAACUUUGGGAUGAACCCAGAUCACGCAAGAAAUUCCUUAUCAAAUUGUGGAAUCCGACAACCCAAAUAUGGAGAUAGGAAAGUCCAUCAUAUGCAUAUGAGGAAAAAAGGCAUAAACACCUUGAUCAAUAUUAUGUCACGUCUUGGACAAGAUGACCCAGCUCCCUCCAGGAUUAACCACAAUGAACGUUUGGAAUUUUUGGGAGAUGCCGUGGUUGAAUUUUUAACUAGUGUCCAUUUGUACUAUCUCUUUCCAAGCUUAGAGGAAGGAGGGUUAGCGACCUACCGCACUGCCAUUGUUCAAAACCAACAUCUUGCCAUGCUGGCUAAGAAGCUGGAGCUAGAUCGAUUUAUGCUUUAUGCUCAUGGGCCUGACCUUUGCCGAGAAUCAGAUUUGCGCCACGCGAUGGCCAACUGCUUUGAAGCAUUGAUAGGAGCGGUUUACCUGGAGGGAAGUCUUGAAGAAGCCAAACUCCUCUUUGGACGCCUGCUCUUUAACGACAAGGACCUGCGGGAAGUAUGGCUUCAUUAUCCACUACACCCUCUCCAACUGCAAGAAUCCCAUACUGACCGACAGCUGAUUGAGACGUCUCCUGUUCUUCAGAAAUUGACGGAGUUUGAGGGGGCCAUUGGAGUCCUUUUUACUCAUGUUCGACUUCUGGCCCGGGCUUUUACCUUGAGAACAGUGGGAUUUAACCACCUGACUCUGGGCCACAAUCAGAGGAUGGAGUUCUUGGGUGAUUCCAUAAUGCAGCUGGUGGCCACGGAGUACUUAUUCAUACAUUUCCCAGAUCAUCAUGAAGGUCACCUGACGUUGCUGCGGAGCUCCCUGGUCAACAACCGGACGCAGGCCAAAGUGGCAGAAGAACUGGGCAUGCAGGAGUUUGCCAUUACGAACGACAAGACCAAGCGGCCGGUGGCUUUGCGGACAAAGACACUAGCGGAUCUUUUGGAAUCCUUUAUUGCUGCUCUGUACAUAGAUAAGGAUCUAGAAUAUGUCCACACCUUCAUGAACGUCUGCUUUUUCCCACGACUGAAGGAAUUCAUCUUAAACCAGGACUGGAAUGAUCCAAAGUCCCAGCUCCAGCAGUGCUGCUUAACUCUCCGAACAGAAGGGAAGGAGCCAGACAUUCCUCUGUAUAAGACUCUGCAAACAGUUGGACCUUCACAUGCCAGGACGUACACUGUAGCUGUUUAUUUCAAAGGUGAAAGGAUAGGAUGUGGUAAAGGACCAAGCAUUCAACAAGCUGAGAUGUGUGCAGCAAUGGAUGCCCUGGAAAAAUAUAACUUCCCUCAGAUGGCCCAUCAGAAACGGUUCAUUGAACGGAAGUACAGACAAGAGCUCAAAGAAAUGAGGUGGGAAAGAGAGCAUCAAGAGAGAGACGUGGAGGAGACGGAAGACAUAAGGAAAUAAGUGGAGGGCAUGGAAGCAAUGGCAUAUUUGCUUACUUAAUAACUUUGAUCAUGGCCUAUGGAGACCUAGCCUAGUUUCAUGUAAACGAAUGAAUGAAGUCUGCUCAUUGAAUCAUGUUCAGUUUUAAUUGUUGUUCUUUUAAGGUUGUGUUUUAUUCCAUGUUUAGCUACAAAGUUUUAUUCAUAAGGCUUUAAAAAUAAUUCCUUUUAAUUUUGUUCCCGAAGAAUUGUGCUUUUCUUUUUUAGCUUGCGUUUGUGGAACAAUAAAGUGUUUUAUUUCAGAAUAUGUAA